ACUCGAUGCAAGCCCCACUACCAUCCGCCGAGUAUAUUCCACCCUGGAGGCGAGAAUGGAAAGAUAUACAGCCAACAUUGCUCAAAAUGCGUAGAUCUAUGGCUGCGUUGAAAUCCUCGCCGCUACGAGUUAUGAGAGUUAGUCAACUAGAUUCUGAUCUCUUGGACGUUGAACUCUUCGGCAUGCUCAAAGAACAGCUCUGGAGCGCAUUUUCCUUAUUCAAUCAUUCCAUACGAGAAAAGUUCGAGCCAGAAUUGGUGGCCAUACUUAGCUUUCUAUUGUACAAAUUUUCUAUAUAUGACUCAGCCGCAUCAUAUGGCGCCCAGCUCCAGAAUCUCAAGUACCGAAAUGAGAGACUGCAUAAAGGAGCUUUGGAGUCCUUUGCCAAAGAUGCCCCAAUAACAAAGACCCAGAAGAUUUUGUACGGAUUGUUCAUGGUUGGCGGACAAUAUACCUGGAGUCGCCUAUCGCGACUAAUGACUACUCAAGGCUGGGGCGCGUUAGACGAGGACGACACACGGAAAAAAGUCUAUAAUAUCCUUCAGCGUGCUGAAAAAUAUUGGCAAGCGUUAACGCUUGUGAACUUUUUGGUUUUCUUAUUUAAUGGAAGGUUUCGAACAUUAAUAGAUCGUAUCUUGCAAAUGAGACUUGUGUAUGCCAAGAAGUCGUUGAACCGACAAGUUAGCUUUGAAUUCCUCAACCGCCAGCUUGUGUGGCAUGCUUUCACGGAAUUCCUACUUUUCCUUAUGCCUUUGAUCAACUUAGAAAAGUUGAAGUUGAAGGUCUCUCGCAUGCUUCUUCCCAAAUCUUAUCUGGCUUCAUCUCAAGGCUAUGACCAACUUCCAGAUCAUCAAUGUGCCGUUUGCCAUGAAAAGUCUACUAAUGAUGCCACCGGUACAGGUACUGGAGCACCUAUCGGACAGAUGGAAGAUUUGACUGUUCAUAAUCCCUAUGUUGCCAAUUGUGGUCACCUAUACUGCUAUGUCUGCUUAAAGAGCAAGAUAACGCUCUAUGAAGGCGAGUGGGCGUGUCUGCGAUGUGGUGAACGAGUAGAAUCAAUGGAGAAGUAUGCUGAGAUAGUCGAAGAUGAAGAAGUAGUAGCUGAAACGCAAGACGACGGCAACGAAGAUUCCAACAAGAAUGAAUUGACAAGCAGCGGAUACAUAGUAGGAAGUGACGAUUUACAGGAUUGAAGAAAGGAGAAAAAAAUAUAUUUUGUACAAUAUUGUAACCCUGAAAUAGUGUUUGUAUGGCUUGAAGCGAGAGAUAUAUACACGAUGUAAUACUGUAACCAGUUUAUGGAUUGAGCUUUUCCGGGGUGGGUUCCACUUCGUUCAUGUCCACAAUUUGCUUUGCCUUUCGAAUGUGGUCGUCCAUAUAUAUGAGUUCUUCAACACGAGCCAUCUUCUUUGGAUCCUUUCGUAGGAUAAAUUUGACAUCAUCGACCUUGACUUUUCCUCGCGGUUCCGCUACUUUGGCUGCCUUCAGGCACUAUAUCACAUGAAUAAUUACU